UAAUCUCCUGGGGUGGGGGUUAGGCAAGAUCCUCCUGGGUUUUGGGUAGAAGAGGCUGGUGCUUCUCCCUCUCAUUUCUCUAUGGAGACCUGGCCAUCACAUAGUGUCAUAAAAACCCUAGUCUACUGGCCAAUGGGGAUGUGGCUUCUCCUCUCACCAGUGGUGCUAUGGGAUUCUCUUCUUAGGCACUGCUUCAGUGUUUCUCAGAAGUCACUUAUACACCUUCUUUGCCUUGGCAGAAAGGGUUCCCUGAUCUAGAAGAAGUAAUAGUGGCCUCAGGACAGGCAUAGUGGCAGUGAGUGAGGAAGAAAAGGUGGGGAAACAAGCCCAUGAAUUCCCUGAUGUCCAGAGCUUGCCUAGUGGCUUCUUGGAGUGACCUGGAAUCUACUUGCCUUGCUGGUGGCCUAGAUCCUGUGUCUGGCCCUUACUCAAGCCUCUUCUCAAAGAAACAAGUGAUCCAUCUAUUGGAGAUCUUUGCAUUUCAUCUAUUUGAAGGGUCCCUACUAUCUCAAUGUUCCCAGCAUCGAACCACAGUUCCAUUAGUGAAUUUCUCCUGCUUGGCUUCUCCAGUGACUCCACCUCAAAUAGGAUCCUUUUCAUCAUCUUUCUCCUUCUCUACCUCUGCUCAGUCCUGGGUAAUGGACUCAUCAUCCUCCUGAUCUCUCUGGAUUCCCAUCUCCACACACCAAUGUAUUUUUUCCUCAGUGUCCUUUCCCUAUUGGACAUGGGCUAUGUCACCACCACAGUGCCUCAGAUGUUGGUGCACCUGCUUUCCAGUUCUAAGCUCAUCUCCUUUGGAGGUUGCUGGCUACAGAUGUAUGUAUUUGGUGCCCUGGGUCUCAGUGAGGGCAUCAUCUUUGUAGUCAUGGCUUAUGAUCGCUAUGUAGCCAUCUGCUUCCCAUUGCAUUACACACUCAUCCUCGACUGGAAUUUGUGUGUGAGGUUAGUGGUAGGGACUUGCACCUGUGGUUUCUUCCUCUCCCUACCCCAUACCUACUUUACCAUGAGUCUCCCCUUCUGUGGCCCCAAUAUGGUCAAUCACUACUUCUGUGAGGGCCCCUCAGUCCGAAGCUUGGCCUGCAUGGACACACACUUGAUUGAGGUAGUAGACUUCAUCAUAAGCAUCUUCGUGGUGUUAGUCCCUCUUUCACUAAUCCUGGCCUCCUAUGUCCGCAUCACCAUGUCUAUCCUCAAGAUCAAGUCUACCAAAGGCAGGUUUAAGGCGUUUUCCACUUGUGCUUCUCACCUCACUGUGGUCACUCUGUUCUAUGGACCUGGUAUAUAUAUCUAUAUGAGGCCCAACUCCAACUACUCUUCAGAGAGAGACAAGCAAGUCUCACUUUUCUACAAUAUGUUCACUGCCCUGCUCAACCCAGUGGUCUACAGUCUUAGGAAUAAGGACAUAAAGGCAGCAUUCAUCAAGGUGGUACUGCAGAACAGAAUAGCCUAGUAAGAAGAAAGCCUUAGAAUGGAUCAUUUCUUCCCCCCUUUUUUUUCCUUUUUGAUACUGGGUUUCCUUUUCUCACCCAAGUAGUAUAGCCACUUCUUAUCCCCACCCCACUGCUGAUCAGCACCUUUUGACCCACUCCAUUUUUUCAGUCUAGAAGACACUUUAUUAUGAUUUGAUUAGUAUGAAAACCAAUCUUAAAAAUAAA